GUGAGCUGACAGUACAGAAGCCUAUUGGUUUGCUGCUGCCUGCCAGUGGCAACUGACUCCAGCACCUCCCAGCUCCAGCUGCUGCUGUAUGCAACCCAUUCUCACAGUCACACUGCAGCAGAUACCAAACUAUCCUACAAUUCCUCCAAAACACACAAGAUCCCAGAAAAAAAGGUGAAUGACUUUGGCUCUGAUUGCCCCUCCUUUGUUGUUUUUCUUUUUUGUCCUUCUCCCUAAUCCUGUAUGCUGUUGCCGGACUCUGCAGCACAGGUCUACAUGUACGAGCAGCAUCGAUUAGAGGUUUCAAGGCAUUCGGAGGUCACUGAGCUGCAGCUAUGGUUAAAUGUCUUGUGUAAUGGUUGAGAGGUGUGGAGAAAUCUCAUUUGAUAAUCCAGACCAGAAUGCCAGAUGUGUGCGCAUGCUAGGAGAUGCUCGAGUGAGAGGUCCUACAGGGGUCCUGUCUGAACGCCGUGGCUCAUACCCUUUUAUUGAUUACCGGCUACUAAACAAUCCAGCACAGUCAGGGGAAAUUGGCACUAAGAAAAAAGUAAAGCGUCUUUUGAGCUUUCAGAGAUAUUUUCAUGCAUCAAGGCUUCUACGAGGAAUUGUGCCCCAAGCCUCCCUGCACUUAUUGGAUGAAGACUAUCUUGGUCAGGCACGGCAUAUGCUAUCUAAAGUGGGAAUGUGGAAUUUCGACAUUUUCCUGUUUGACCGCCUGACAAAUGGUAACAGCUUAGUUACAUUGCUGUGUCAUUUAUUUAACGUUCACGGGCUUAUCCAUCAUUUUCAGCUUGACAUGGUGAAGUUGCACAGAUUUCUUGUUAUGGUCCAAGAAGACUACCAUAGCCAAAACCCAUAUCACAAUGCUGUCCAUGCUGCAGAUGUCACACAAGCUAUGCACUGCUAUUUAAAAGAGCCAAAGCUUGCCAGCUAUCUCACUCCUCUGGAUAUAAUGCUUGGCCUGCUGGCAGCAGCAGCACAUGAUGUGGACCAUCCAGGCGUAAAUCAACCAUUUCUGAUAAAAACUAAACAUCAUCUUGCCAGUCUGUACCAGAACACAUCUGUUUUAGAGAACCACCAUUGGAGGUCGACUAUUGGCAUGUUGAGAGAAUCUAGGCUUUUAGCACAUCUGUCUAAGGAAAUUACGCAGGAUAUUGAGCAGCAACUGGGCUCUUUAAUAUUAUCAACAGAUAUCAAUCGCCAGAAUGAGUUUCUGAGUCGUUUUAAAGAUCAUCUUGACAACAAAGAUCUCAGCUUGACGGAUGCAGACCACAAGCACUUUAUGUUGCAGAUUGCCCUGAAGUGUGCUGAUAUCUGCAAUCCUUGUCGUGUGUGGGAGUUAAGCAAGCAGUGGAGUGAGAGAGUCUGUGAAGAAUUCUACAGACAAGGAGAUCUUGAGCGGAAAUUUGGUCUGGAAAUAAGCCCGCUUUGCAGCCAACAAAAAGACUCAAUACCUAGCAUACAAGUUGGCUUCAUAACCUACAUCGCAGAGCCAUUGUUUGUGGAGUGGGCAAGAUUUACUGGAGACACUCCUCUAUCUGUAAAUAUGCUAAAUCACCUCAGGAAGAACAAGGCCAAAUGGAGGGCCCUUUUACACAAGCAACACAGCAAGAGCAAUGACUGCCUGGUACCAGUAACCGAAGGCAAAGGAGAUCAAAAGAUCAGUGAAGGAGGAGCCCUCUAGUGACCAUCUCUUACCUGUAGCAUUGCUGUUCUUUUACUUGCUCCUUUCAGUGAAGAGGGAUACAUAUAACGCUCAGUUGGGCUGCUGCUGCUUUUGACGGCAGGUUUAAGGAAAGUCAGAAGGAAGCAGAGCAUAGAUAUUUCAGCGGGGGUGGAAAUCCAUUGCCCGCAGUCUGGUAUCCUGCUAUAUCAGCCCUUUCCAGUAUUUCUGUCUUAUCUCAGUAUGAGCGAGACCAGCAACCCUAAUUUCCAAUGAAGAAACCGACAGUUGGAGCAGGAGGACUCAGAUUUGUGGAUUUCACUGAAACACUUUGAAAGCAGAGUGUGUCAUUUGCAGAGUUAUGUAGCAGGGUUGGCACUUUUUACUACUUUUUAGAGCUUUUUGCAGCUGCUCCCAUCCUUUGGAGGACCAUCCAUACAUGUUGCAAAAGUAAAUACAACACACUAAACAAAAACCACACAAGAACACCAGCAUCAACUGGACUCAGAAAAGAUCUGUCCAAGAAGACAACUUUGUAUUGUUGAUACCUAAAGGAUCACAAACAAGAUACUCUUUUAUUUUUACAUUUUGUACUCAAUAGAUAAGAACAAACUAUUUGAUUGAAGCACUACCAACACUAUACUACAAAACCUAAAGACACUUGUGAACAUUUUUACACCACUUUGGAUUUAACAAGUAGAGUGAUCUCAGAAAUUGUGUCCACAGAGACUGUUGCAUGGACAUGUUUGGCUCUUAACCAGGCAUGUCCACUGUAUCCUUGGUGUGACAGAGGGUUUAUAAAUAUAUUUGUAACAGGUUUAUUGUUGCAUCUGUACAUUUUCUGUAAAUAUUAAGCUACUGACUCCAUGCCAAAUUACUGACGCAGCGAGGUUCUUAUACCCAGAUAUUGGCACUGUGAACAGAAAACUGUUACUUUUAAUUAUAAAAAAAAAAAUACUAUAGCAUUUGUAAAUAUGGUUCAUAGACUAUUUCUAAAAGAGUGCUCAUUUGCAGAUAAAGGCCUUAAAUU